UAUAUAACCGAUUCUCCCCCUCCCAAACAGAUUACCCCCCCUCCCCCCACAUUGGCCCAGCAGCGGUGGAACAGCGUCCUUGCACUUUACUAGGCUGCAACCACUGCCAUCAGCUCAACUUCUUCAGCAUCAUUUCAGCUUUCUGUUCUGCUGCUGCUGUUGCCGGAGCGUACCAGCCUCACUGCCCGGUCCUUUUGCUCUCUGUCUGCAGUGGAUACAUCGUUGUCCUUUAUAUUUUCAAGAAUUGGAAAUAGGCGCAGCCUGUAUUUUGAUUAAUCUAAAAAAAAAAAAGAACAGCUUGUGCCAAAGACGAGCUUCGGCUAUACUACCUAAAGAUACAUCACCGAGUCUUGUUAUUUAGGUUUACUUUGACUGCGUCCACAUCAAACUGCAGUCAUGGAUGAGAUGGACUUGCCCCAGAUGAAGAAAGAGGUAGAAAGCCUCAAGUACCAACUGGCCUUCAAAAGGGAGAAAUCCUCAAAGACAGUGACGGACCUGGUGAAGUGGAUCGAGGAAUGUGUGCCUGAUGACCCCUUCCUGAAUCCUGAGCUGAUGAAGAACAACCCAUGGGUGGAGAAGGGCAAGUGUGUGCUUCUAUAAAAGAGUAAUAGCAGCAGCAGCAGCAGCAGCCGCCCCAGUCCUCCGCCUGAGCCUCCACCAGCCUGACAGGAUCACAUGGCGCUUGUUCUCUCUGUUUCAUACCCUCACCAUGAAUGUACAGCAACUUAGCACAUACACACACAUGCACACAUCGUUAACCCCAUAUAGUCACUUGCAAGAUUUGAAUUUAGCCAUGCAUUACUAUUCUAAUUAUAACUAUCGAUGUAUCUUUAUAGUGGAAUUUCUCUUGCCUAGUCACAAUGUUGUCACUGACGCUUGCGAGCUUGAUCUUGAGUUCAAGCAUGUAGUGUUGACUUCUAAUUGCCAGAUAGAGCCUGUUAGAUGACAGACUGCAUGACAGAGGAGCAAAGAACACAGCAUGCCCCCCCCCCCCCCAAAAAAGCCUCUACAGCUGAUAUUUGAAGAAGCCAGAAAAAGCAGCAAAUUCGUGAGAUUUGCCUCUGUUGUUCAGCCUGUUCAUUUCUCCUGCAGGUCUAUGCACAAUUUACACCACACUCAGCACUCUCACCCAAGGAACAUGUACAGAUCUUUUUUAUUUAUGUACUUAUUUAUGAUCAGUUAUUUAUUUAUUUAUGGUUUCAUUCACUACCGAAGCUGUCGGCGCUGACUGCUUUUUUAGAAGCUACAAUGGACCUGCUGUUGUUCAACUGCACCCUUCCUUCAUUGAAAGCGAAAGGAGAAAAAAAAAAUUGCAUCUUGCCAGUUCACCAUCAAUUAAUGCCUUGUAUACAAUUUCCUUAAAAAGAAUGUAUGUGUCGUGAGGGAUCAGUAAACCAUCAGCACCCUUAAGCAUUGAAUGGAUAUGCAAACGGAUGAGGUUGUGCACUGGCCAAGGCUUUUUUUCUUAGCUUAAAGGAAUAGUUCCCCCAAAAAUGAAAAUUCUCUCAUUAUUCACUUACGUUUAUGCCAUCCCAGAUGUGUAUGUUUGUCUCCCUUCUGUCUGUCAGGUCCUUAUAAUAGAAGUACAUGAGUGCCAGCACUUUGACAGUCCAAAAGUUACAUUUAGGCUGCUUUAAAGUAGCCUAAUCCACACGACUCCAGUUGAAAUCUAUAUGUUUGUGUAAAAAAUUAAUCGAUAAUUAAAACGUUAUUUACUUUUAAAAAGGGCGGCAGCUGACAUGAAGCAUGACAUCAUGUCGCCGAGUUCAUGCGAGAAUUCGGAAGCGGCACUUAAUUACAACAGAAGAACGAACAUAACACGAGCGCUCGGCCAUUUCAAACAGCAUCAGAGUCUUGGGUGGAAGCACCAAUUAAAAGUUAAAAAACGUUUUAAUUAUCGACUUGUUUCUUAUAUAAACAUCGAUUUGCUUCUGAAGACAUUCAUUGAUCCACUGAAGUCAUGUAGAUUAAUUUUAUGCUGCCUAAAUAUGACUUUUGGACCAUCAAAGUUCUUGCACACAUGUACUUGCAUCAUAAGGACCUGACAGAGCUAAAUCUUCUUCUAAAAAUCUUAAUUUGUGUUCUGCUGAAGAAAGACAUCAGAGUAAGUGAAUAAUGACAGAAAGUUUCAUUUCUGGGUGAACUAUCCCUUUAAUAGCUCUUGCACUUACUGUAUGAGGAAAGGCAAGAAUGUGGGGUUAAUUUAUGACUUUUUUUUUUUUCAUGUUUUUAUAUAUUCAAACAAUAGAAACUUGUCUAAUUAUCUUGAUGUGAGUUACAUUUGACAAUGCUUAGAGAAAAUAUGCAUACGAUCAAGUAGUUUAAUAACAAGCAAUAAGUGAUUACAUUUUUUAUUGAAUGUUUUACAAAAAAACACAUCUUAUUGAAUAAAGUAGAGGAUUUUUAGACAGCUUUAAUGUCAUUUGUGUGUUUCAAUUGGUUGUGUGUGUUUCUUAUACUGUAUACUGUUUGACUAUUACACAGAGAAAAAAUUUAAUUAUUACAUCAAGAUUAUAGCAACAUCCAUUAAGACACUGACAUGUUGUAAUUAAGAUUUUUAUCUGAGAGAGACAACCAGCACUGUCCUUUAAAGAGAUUUUCCACGUUCAUUGGAAUUCACAGCAUUUGUGGGAAAAUGUUUAUUCCCAAAAAUAAUUUUGCCUCAUACUUACUUAAAAUAAAACAAAAAAGUAUAGCCACAAGAUGUAAAAAUGACAUGUGUUAACAUGAUUUUAGUGUGAUAAGAAAUAACUUUCUAACCUUAUCUGUGUAAAGAUAUCUCCAAUAUUUCAACUUCUUUGUCAUGACAAUGAAACCUUCCAAUAACUUUACACAGAGAAAGUUUGUAAGCAACUUUAUAACAAUAAAAUCAAGUUAAAUGUUAACAUCUUUUGAGUUUAGUUUUGAAACAAUGUGAAUUUGAGCAUUUAUAGACAUUCACAUCCAUUGUUUUACUGUAACUGCAAUUUCUGCUUAUUUGUGUUCAGUCAAAAGGGUUAUCAACAUUAUUGAACACAACUUGUAUUGAACCCAGAAAUGUA